AUGUUUUCAGUUGCUCCGCUCUCCUACCUGAGUUGCUUUAUAGGUCUUUUUCUCUACCGCUAUGUCCGAUAUGUUGUCAACCUCGUCGCCUUCUCCUGCUUCCGUCCGAUACCUCUACCAGAAAAGCCAAGCUUGACGUCAGACGAUGUUACCGUCAUUCUGCCGUCGCUGGAAGGCCGGGGCAUGGAACUAGAGCACACCAUCGAGUCGAUAUUGCAGAAUGAGCCCAAAGAACUCAUCUUGGUCACCAUCCAGGCAAACCUUGAAUUAGCACAAAAGACCAUCGCAAAAAUGCCUGCAAGUCAACACGACAGACUGCGCUGUCUUUCCGUCCCUAAUCCCAACAAGAGACGCCAGAUGGCGCGCGCUAUUCCUGAAGUCAACACCAAGAUCAUCGUCUUCGCUGAUGAUGAUGUAUCAUGGCCUCGACAGACCCUGAAAUGGAUGCUGGCACCAUUCGAGAACGAAAAGUACGGUGGAGUGGUUACAUGUCAGCGAUUGCGGCGUAAGGAAUAUCCGAUAUUCUCGCAAAAGAGAAUAUGGAGCUUCCUUGGUGCGCUCUAUCUAGAAAGAAGGAAUUUCGAUUGUGCUGCAACCACGUUCAUGGAUGGCGGGGUCCCUUGCAUGUCUGGCCGCACUGUCGCCUACCGCACGAAAAUUCUUCGCGACAAGAACUUCACGUAUGAAUUCACCAACGAAGCAUGGUGGUUUGGUAAAUACCGCCUGAAUGCUGAUGACGACAAUUUCAUCACCCGGUGGAUGGUAUCUCAUGGCUGGAAGACGUACAUGCAAUACCACCCGGAAUGCGAGGUUCAGACAAUCUUGGAGGACAAUCCCAAAUACCUGAAGCAAUGUGUACGAUGGUCUAGAAGCAAUUGGCGAAGCAAUCUAACCAGCAUGUUCACCGAACGACACAUAUGGAGUGGACAGCCAUACUCGGCUUAUGCGGUGCACCUCACCACCUUAUCACCUCCGGCAUUCAUUGGCGAUUCAACUCUCGUCUGGCUACUCUGGAAGGCGGGCCAGACUUGGCCAGAAGAACAACAACACCUUGCCAUCUACAGCCUCCUCGUAUGGAUGUUCAUCAGCAAGUUCAGCAAGAAUCUCGGUCAUUAUAUUCGAUACCCCUCUGACACCGCCCUCCUUCCGGUAUCAAUCUUCUUUGGCUGGUUCCAUGGCUUGAUCAAACUUUACGCCAUGGUCACUUUGGAUGUGGACUACAGCCUCCGCGCCCGUGACUACAACCUCAAAAAGCAGAAAUUAGCCAUUCUCUCACAGAAAGCCCGGAACAGGAACGAAGAUGAGUUCGCAUUCGGAAUGCUGUCCGCGAACAAGGCGCAGGCGGGUAAGCAUGGCAGGGUUGAUACGCAAGCGAAUAGAUUGAGUCAUGAUGCAGUGAAACUGCUUAAAACCCAGGACGCGGGAUAUCUUCGGACUGUGGCCGGAAGGGGCAGGAAGGAGAUCAGCAAGUUGGAGCAGGAUGUUGUGAUGACGAAGGCAUCGGGAAAUGGUAGAAAAGUGCUCUUCGUGGAAGAGGACGAACGGCUUAACGGGACGAAGGGCAGAGCGGAAAAGAGGAAGAAGCUGAGUAAUGAGGUAGCUGCGGCCGGAAAUAAUCAAGAAGAACAGGAAGUCACUUCCCUAGGUACCGAGAAUAUCGCAUCCGUAACAGGGACGACUGUGUAUGCAAUUGACAUCGACUCGUCUUCGACCAAGCCUACCGCACCAACAUCAAAGAAGGCACUUGCCGCCCAACGAGAUGCCAUGCGAGACCUGCGCGCUGCACGGAAGCGCAGAAAACGUCUUGCAGAACUGCGGGUUGCAAAAUUAGAGGCAUUGAAGAAGCGGCAGAGGGAGAUCAUGGCUGCCGCUGAUGAAUUAGAACUGCAAAGAGCGAAGAUGGCGAGGACGGUGGGUGGAGUCAAUAAAGAUGGCAUCAAAUGGAAGAUCAGGGAGAGAAAGCGAUAA